AUGAGCUCCACCAAGCCGGAUGAUGUCAUCAGCAUCUCUUCUUCUUCUGAUGAGUACCAUUCUUUCUCCUCUUGGGUCUCCUCUGGGCUCAGCAAUGCGGAUACUGGUGCACGCAGGACCAAGGCUACAACCUCGCGCAGUGUCAAGGCUACAAGCUCGCGUCCAAGCAAGGCUAUGGCCUCGCGCCCGAACAAGGCUACAAGCUCCACCCGAGAGACUCGUGACGCUCGUGUGGCGCUGCCGCUUUGCACAGCAGACUUCGAGGGUAUGAGCGCCCGGGUCAAGGCAGCCACGGAUGAAGCUGCUGAAGCCAAGAAAAUAGUGGCGACCGCACAGGAAGAGACUACCAGGGCAAAGCAAGACACCACCAUGGCCCAAAUCGCGCUGUUACGAGUGCAGGACGAAUUGACGCAGGCCUGUCAGCUCCUGCAACCCAUCAAACACACGCUCGAACAGAUUGAGGAUGACCUCGAAUGCCAGGUUUGCGUCCAGCGGAUCAGAAACCCCGUCAACCUCGAGUGUGGUCACACUUUUUGUCGAGGCUGCGUGGCUGAGUGGUUCAAUGGGAUCCUGGUGCAAUACCGCGAGGAUCACGCCAGACCCUUCUACCAACCAACACGAAUCCAUCCGCUCUGA